UUAAUAAUCAAAUAACAACAAUAAGGUAUAGCUAUGUUGAAAAAUAUUUUAGUAAAUAUUGCAUGAUUUUUUAUGGCUUAUUUAUAAUUUCGAAGUGCGAACUGCUAAAUUAUCUAUUAAAAUUGGGAAUUUUGUAAUGGCCGAAAUUGAUACAUCGAAAAGAAAACCACGUAGAACUGCUGGAACUCCUUCUUAUUACUAUAGAAAUAGAUUUGCGGCCGCUGUAAUUGUUAGUGGAAUUGCUUUGGCUGGACUUUUAUACUUACUUCCACCCGUAAGGAAAGCAAAUGAAAAGCUUCGGAAAUAUUGCAUGGAACCUGAUAUUGAAUUCGAAGAAAGAAGACAACUUAUGGGAUUUUUACCGCCCAGGCGAGGGGAAGAUAUUCUAAAAAUUUUAAAAGAAAGUCAAGAUUUAGAUAAAGAUCGUUAAUGCAAUAUAACACACGAAAAUGAUUAAUAAAGAAAAAUUGAAUAAGUUAAAACUGACUGAAUUAAAUAAACGGUAUGUUUGUUAUUAAUGAUUAAUAAUGUUAAUAAUUAAUUAAUUAAAUUGUAGUUCAUAUAGUUGUGUAGAAUAAAAUUGU